CAGGGCUUGCAGCCGAGCACACGGAGGGACACGCUGAGGUCGCGCGUGGCGGUGUGAAAUAGCUGGUACUUAGAAAAAUCCUGGGAGGCAAGCUGUACCAGACAAGGGAGCGCCUUGGCCGGUUCGAGUUUAAGCGUGAAGUCAUGCUAGAACAACUAUUGAGCUGUAAAUUAAAGGGAAGAUAAUUUCUGCUCGUGGAGGAAAAGAAACGUGAAUAACCUCAAUGGAAGACUCUCAGGAUCUAAGUGAACAGUCAGUAAAGAAACCGUGUACAGAGUCAGAUGGUUCAGAGACGCAGAAUCCCAGGUCUAUGGAAAUGCAGGAUCUAGCCAGUCCUCAUAAUCUUGUUGGAAGCAGUGAUGCACCAGGUAGCUCCAAACUGGAUAAGUCUAGUCUUAGUAGCACAUCAGUUACAACAAAUGGAACAGGAGGAGACAACAUGACUGUGUUAAACACUGCAGACUGGUUGCUGAGUUGCAGUACUCCCUCCUCUGCAACAAUGUCUCUUCUUGCAGUCAAAACAGAACCCAUGAACAACAGUGAAACAACAACAACAACUGGAGAUGGAUCGCUUGACACUUUUACUGGGUCAGUAAUAACAAGUAGUGGCUACAGUCCAAGAUCGGCGCACCAGUACUCUCCACAGAUAUAUCCCUCCAAGCCCUAUCCACACAUUCUUUCUACACCAGCAGCUCAAACAAUGUCUGCCUAUGCCGGACAAACCCAGUAUUCAGGAAUGCAGCAACCAGCGGUCUAUACAGCCUACUCACAGACAGGACAGCCCUACAGCUUACCCACUUACGAUUUGGGUGUAAUGUUGCCAGGCAUCAAGACAGAAAGUGGGCUCUCGCAGACCCAAUCACCACUGCAGAGCGGGUGCCUCAGUUAUAGCCCGGGGUUUUCCACCCCACAGCCAGGCCAAACACCCUACUCUUACCAGAUGCCAGGUUCUAGUUUUACACCAUCAUCCACUAUUUACUCAAACAAUUCUGUUUCGAAUUCCACAAACUUCAGUAGUUCGCAACAGGAUUAUCCAUCAUACACAGCUUUUGGCCAAAAUCAAUAUGCACAGUAUUACUCAGCAUCAACAUAUGGUGCAUAUAUGACCUCAAACAACACGGCUGAUGGCACUUCUUCAUCAUCAUCAACCUACCAGUUACAGGACUCUCUCCCUGGGUUGACUAGUCAACCAGGGGAGUUUGACACAGUGCAGAGCCCCUCCACGCCAAUCAAAGAUCUUGAUGAGAGAACAUGUAGGAGUUCUGGGUCGAAGUCUAGGGGUAGAGGACGGAAGAAUAAUCCAUCACCUCCUCCGGACAGUGACUUGGAGCGUGUAUUUGUUUGGGAUUUGGAUGAAACAAUCAUAGUUUUUCAUUCGCUGCUUACAGGAUCCUAUGCACAAAAGUAUGGCAAGGAUCCACCAAUGGCAGUGACGCUUGGACUGAGAAUGGAAGAAAUGAUUUUUAAUCUUGCUGACACACAUUUAUUUUUUAAUGAUUUAGAGGAGUGUGAUCAAGUUCAUAUAGAUGAUGUUUCUUCUGAUGAUAAUGGACAAGACCUAAGUACCUACAGUUUUGCAACUGAUGGCUUCCAUGCAGCUGCAAGUAGUGCAAACCUUUGUCUGCCAACAGGUGUAAGAGGAGGGGUUGACUGGAUGAGGAAGCUGGCUUUCCGUUACAGAAGAGUAAAAGAGUUGUAUAAUACUUACAAGAACAACAUAGGAGGACUCCUGGGUCCCGCUAAAAGAGAUGCGUGGUUGCAAUUAAGAGCAGAGAUUGAAGCUUUGACAGACUCCUGGCUAACAAAUGCACUUAAAUCAUUAUCAAUUAUCAGCACAAGGAGUAAUUGUGUAAACGUGUUGGUAACAACGACCCAGCUUAUCCCAGCACUUGCAAAAGUUCUGCUAUACAGUUUAGGAGGAGCUUUCCCUAUUGAAAAUAUUUACAGUGCAACCAAAAUAGGCAAAGAGAGCUGUUUUGAGCGUAUAGUGUCCAGAUUUGGCACUAACAUAACUUAUGUUGUGAUUGGAGAUGGCCGAGAUGAGGAACAUGCAGCUAAUCAGCACAACAUGCCUUUCUGGAGGAUAUCCAGUCAUUCGGACCUCUUGGCUCUCCAUCAAGCACUGGAACUAGAGUAUUUGUAACUGUGUUCUAAAGUUGGCGAUCCUUUUUUAUAUAUAUAUAUUUCAAGUACACUGAAUUUUUAUGUGUGAUUCAAUGCCUCUGGCUUUACACAUAUGAAUUGUCUUAAGAAGGGAAGAAAUAUUUGGAAUUAAAAAUUCCAAAUUGAAGAAUUCAGAUUGCUGAAUGAAGUUAAAACAUUAGUGCUACGUAAGGAAGCUCUAUGGUCUUAUAUAUGCAACGUUUUUAAAGGAAUUAAAACUGUGGAGGUUGCUGGUACACACCAAGUGAGCCCUGACAGGAGUGAACAAAGGACUCAAACUGGCAAAGCACCAAAAUGCGUUUUCCAGCCAACAAGGUGGUGUUCAACAACAUUCCUCAAAAUGGGAUAUAUUCUCAGCACUGAGGUUUGAACCAGACUUUAGCCUACCUAACCCAGAAAAUCUGAAUUGGAAUGCACUCAGACUGUAUAAUGACAAUCCUGUCUAGACCUGUAAUUUGUGUAAAUUAUUGAUGAAAAUAAUUUACUGUGACUUUAUUAGCAGCUGAUUUUGGAAGUGGAUGCAAUUUUCUUUCUUUUGGGGGGGCAGGGGAGGGAAAGGGUUAUAUAAUAUUGUCUCUUUUAUAAGUUUGGCAAACAGAAUGUCAUAAUGAUGUGUUGUGCCUUAAAGAGAAGAUUGUGUUUGUGUGUUAUAAUGUAAUUUUGGUUAAAAACUCUGUAGAUAAGCAAAGAAAAACCUUUGUGGUAAUUUUUGACAUGACCAAAUUUGAAAUUCAAAGAAAUCAAAGGGCAGGGCUGCACCAAAGCAUUCAAGUAUUUGUUGCAGUAAGAAAAAAAUAAUAAAGCAAAGUUUGUGUUUUUAUUUGGAUUCUGAAUAAUUCCACUGAUGGAUUGAGAAAAGUUAAGAGUACAUUGGGAGGUUGAUAUUGGGGACCGCUACAUUGAAAGGUUAAAAAUAGUGUUUAACACCUUCGGCAUCAUUUCUUGAUUCUCCAACAAGAGAACUAAGAGCCAUAUUCAUUAAUUACCGAGUCCACUGAAAGCCAUACAGUGAGUGCAUCUGCUGUGUACAGAAGAACAAAGUUCCACCCAGCAGACAAAGCGUUCAGGUGACAUUACUGGAAGGUGAAAAUGUGGAGUUAAGCCCAGAUGGGGAAUAAAACACAAUUCCAUUAGGAAUGAAAAAUUACUAAAGAUACUCAAGUCAGUCAGACAUGCAACUGAUGCUCCAUUUAGCAUAUUCAGGAUCAACACAAGCUGCUGAAAUUACUGACAUAAUGACAUUGGCCAUUUCAGGAGCAUUGGUAAAUAAAGUAGCAUUUUGGUAGUUUUUCAAUUGUGUUCCACAUUUCCAUGUAUUUUGUUUUAGGUCAGCAUGAUUUUCCUCACCCAUUUUUGAUUGCGCAAAAUACUACACAGGGACAACCCUAAAAUUUUUUUGAACCAGAAAUUUCAAUAGUAUGUCAGGCAUCUGAGGAGAGGAUAAGGAGAUAAUUUUUAUCAAGAAAGAUUGAGAAAUAUAUCACCUUAACUUUCAUAAUUUCUGUUAAAAGUUACAGUCCAUACAGUGAUGAUUACCUUGUGAGUUUGAACAUGCUACCUUUCAUCUUUGGAAAAUGAGCAAGAUCCAUAUUGUACACAGGGUCCUUAGUGCUCUAUAUGCAGCUUGAACACUCUGAAACAACAGCAAGUGGUUUGUCUCUCGUUGCAGAAAAUGGAAACUAAUUUUUUCGAUUUUUAACACUGUAUGUGGAGACACCUGAUGUUGUCUGUGCACUGAACUGCAUGAAGAGGUGCAUGCAAGAGAAGGUAUUAAAUGCAAACUCCAGGAUGCCUGCACAAGCACAGGCACUGAGUAGUUGGCACUGAGGUGAAAAUCUUCCCUCUCUCUGCUAUGAAGCCAACAUAUGCCAUAAUUACCAGGUAGUAACUUCGCUGAUUUAAAUUCUGUUGAGGUUACAUGAAAGUUAGUUGGUUGGUGAAAGCCUGGAGCCACUAAAAGUACAAGGCAAAACUCCUCUAUAAAUUCAUAAAAAUGGGAUUUCUUCUCUGUUUUGGAGUUGAAUAUGCAAGUCACCACACAACAAACUAACAAUAAUUUGUUAUCACUCCACAGUUUAAAGCCAUCACAUGAGACUUGCCACAUAUGAAAACACUAUAGACUAGCUAUUUGGGUGAUAGAUAUAUGUGUCCAAGAAAAGUAAAAAUUAUGCAUACCUUCUUUAUAUUUUCAGUACCUGUCUAGUCAGAUUUGUCCUGGAAGUACCUUUUUCAUAAAAAGCUGUAGUAGCAGCAUUUUGUAGUUUUUCAGAUGGGAAAAAGUGUUUCUACUGGAAUAAGAAAAAACUUUGAAGCCUUUCUCAAGUUCCAGCUUUGCAUAAAAAUCUCAAUGUAAAAGCAUGAUAAGCAAAAAAAUUGGUAUGGUGAAUUAGCUUUUCUUUUUCUUUUUCUUUUUCUUUUUUUUUUUUUUUUUUGAGAAGUCAUAGUGUUCUUUAAAUGCAUGAAGCAAUAUUAUUUCCAAGUUACUUGUUCAGUGUUCUUUUCCUAAUCAGAUGUAAGAACAAAAAGUGGCCCAGCAACAACCAGUGGUUCUUACAAAAGGUUUGCAGUGCCUUCAUUGGAGUUGUGCUUAGCUUUCUGUGGUGGAUGCAGCUCAAUUUGUAUACUGGACUUCUAAAGAGGAGAUGUAGGCAAAAGGAGGGAAGUUUUACAGAGAAUGAUAAAGUUCUGUGUGCUACCAUAGCAGAAGUUAAUUGUAAAACUAAGUAAUUUGCAAAAACGUGAAUCCAAAGACAAUUCAAGGAUUUAGCUCGAAAGCCUUCGCAACACAAAAUUUCAGAGCAUGAAUACUCUCUUGCUAAGCAAAAAUUGCUAUAUACCUUUAAAUAAAAGUGUGUAGUACUUUCCUUGUAGGGAGAAAUUAGUCUGAUAUAUUUUCCUGCAUGAACAAUACAGAGCAGAAAAUAACCAAGGCAGAGACAUCAGGCUGUUCCAGAUAGGCCUAAGAAGAUUAAACUGAAGGUUGGUCAGUUUGACACUGGGUGCAUUUUAAUUCAAAAGCAUAUUAAUCAGAAACUACCUUCCCUUCAGCCUCUCCUCAACAACCAAGAUUGAGCACAAGGUCAUGUUUGCAAGCAUUUCUGGCAAAUGAAGUAUAGAAUAGAAUGCCUUUUGCUGAUACUUUAGCAGUUCUCAGUACAGAACAUGGAACGUUCGUUAGGCAUUUGAGUACUCAGCUUGCAGAAUACAAAUAUUGGGUGAUUGCAGUCACAAGCUGGUAUCUUAAGUAGAUAUAAAUCUGUGCAGUUCAGUAAAAGAGAACAGAAAAAAAUUAAAGAUAGCCUUAUUUUUAGAUGCCUGUGGAGAUUGUGCACAAAGAUCUAGGUGGCAGCUAGCUCCCAGAUCUGUUUUCAUUAGAAUCCAGUGUGAGCAGCAGCGUUUGCAUCUGAAGCAGGUGUGGAGUGUGUUCUGGCGCAAACAUUGACAAGGGAGAUGAGGCCAAAUCAAAGUCCUGCAUACAAGCACACUUCAUCUUGGGGUGGAUGAGAUCCUGAAUUCCAUCAGAACUGAAGAGUUUAUGGAGAGUAAAGACUUGACCCAUUACAGGGAGACGAGGUUUUAGCUGUGAGGUUGUAUCCAGAUCCAGGGUUUCAGUUCAAAAGUCAUCUCUGCUUUAAAGGAUUGACAGCAGGCAUAUGCUGUAAAUGAAUAUGGUAUUUAGUAUCUCUGAAGAGAAGCUGAAGUGACAGAAGCCAAAAUCCCAGCAAUAGCAGCAUUAUGAAGAUUUGAAGCCAAGGGUCUCUGUCAUGUAUUAGCAGAUUAUAGUUUAUUAGGGCCUACCUAAUUUAAGAAAAUGUAAAUUAAAAUUAAAAGCUUGUAAAAUUAUGUACAUCUUUACUAUUUCUCAAUAAAUACACUUGGAAAUGUCUUUUUUUCUGCACUAUA